GGACCAAUUAGAUUGCACAGACCGCGCCGGUCGGAACGCCAGAGUCGGGUCGGGAAGGAGGCGGCAGCGGUCUGUGGUGGCCCCGGAGGGCUUCUGAGCGGUCGUGUCCCAGCCCGUCUCCCUUCCUCCUUCGGCUCCCGUGAUGCCUAUGUACCAGGUAAAGCCCUACCAUGAGGGCGGCGCCUCUCUCCAUGUGGAGCUUCCCACCUGCAUGUACCGGCUCCCCAACGUACACGGAAAGACCGGCAGCGCGACUCCCGUCGUGGGCCACGUGCAGGAAGAGUCUAACACAUCUCUCGAAGCUCUUGAGUCCCGCCAAGAUGACAUUUUAAAACGUCUAUAUGAAUUGAAAGCUGCCGUUGACGGUCUCUCCAAGAUGAUUCAGACACCAGAUGCGGACCUGGAUGUAACCCACAUAAUCCAGGCUGAUGAGCCCACUGCAUUAUCAGCCAAUGCGCUGGACUUAAAUUCAGUGCUCGGAAAGGAUAAUGGGGCCCUGAGAGACAUAGUGAUCAACGCAAACCCUGCCUCCCCUCCCCUCUCCCUGCUCGUGCUGCACCGGCUACUCUGUGACCACUAUAGGGUCCUGUCCACCGUCCACACGCAUUCAGCUGUCAAGAGCGUGCCAGAAAACCUUCUCAAGUGCUUUGGGGAGCAGACUAAAAAACAGUCACGCCAUGAAUAUCAGUUGGGUUUCACUCUAAUCUGGAAGAAUGUGCCAAAGACGCAAAUGAAGUUCAGCGUCCAAACGAUGUGCCCCAUUGAAGGAGAAGGGAACAUCGCACGGUUUCUGUUCUCUCUGUUUGGCCAGAAGCAUAAUGCUGUAAACUUGACCCUCAUAGAUAGCUGGGUUGAUAUUGCAGUUUUUCAGUUGAAAGAGGGAAGCAGUAAAGAAAAAGCCGCGGUGUUCCGCUCCAUGAACUCUGCUCUGGGGAAGAGCCCCUGGCUCGUGGGGAACGAACUUACCGUGGCCGAUGUCGUGCUGUGGUCUGUGCUCCAGCAGACGGGAGGGGGCAGUGUGGCGGUGCCGGCCAACGUGCAGAAGUGGAUGAGGGCCUGCGAAAACCUGGCUCCUUUUAAUACUGCCCUCAAGCUGCUUAAGUGAAUUGCAAUACCUGAUUCUAAAGGAUUUAAAGAAUGGUGCUGUUUUGUAGCUCUUGUUGGUAUUGGGACUUGUAAUAAAAUCAGUCUUUAUUUAGGCCAAUUGUCAAAUAUCAAUAAAAGCAGCACAUCACUUGUGGUUGUUUCAUUUGAAAUGGAAUAUCAUGUACCGUGACAGCUGUCAGUACGUGGCAGGCACUUCGGCAUACCCAGAUGAGUAUAUCUCCUCCCCGCCUUUGAGGAAUAGGGACUGGCGGGGAGUCGGGUACUACAAAUAGGAGAGCAUAGUGUGGGGGCAGUGAGGACAGCCAGGAACGCUGAUCUCAAAGCUGUUUUGAGAUCAUUUGGGGCCAAGAAGUAGAAGGCUUUGGAAGGACAUGGCUUUGGAAGUGAUGCCAAGUUGAAGGUGAUGAGAAUAGGAGUAAGUUGGAAUGUGUGUGUGUAUACAGUGCAAAGAAGUUAAACUGUCUUCAAGGCAGAUGAGAACCAGCAGACGCUUUUGAGCCAGGGAGUGAACCGCUAGGUGUCUUUCUGGGUCUUUGGCAGUGGUGUGAAAGGUUAGGAAGAUUGGCAGCUAUCAAAACUGGAAGACUCUAGCUAGUAUGCAGGCCUGGGCUUGGGCAGUGAUGGGUGGGGUGAGUACUCAGAUUCAGCAGAACCUUCUAGAGGAGGACUUGGUGGUCAGCAGAAAUCAAAGGAGAAAGAAUUGAGGCCAAUGUCUAAAUAUA